AACAAAGCCCCCAUCCCCUCCCCAGCAUGCGCCAACCAAAGGCGCGAGACAUGCCGCUGGCAGACGAGACCGCAGGGGAGAAGCCCCGCGGUGAGGGCAUCGCGCCCGGCUUGCCGCCGCCCAUUGCCAGCCGCCCGGUUUCUCUCGACAGCGUCGCCGCAAGGGUCCGUCCGGCCACCACCGGGGCCCCGAUCCAUGCGCGCGUUGCAUCCGGAUCUGCAGUGCCGCCACGUGCGCCGGCGGCAGUCAAUGGACGGCCUUGCUCAAGACAGCGGGCCGCCGCGCCCCUCGCCGCCGUUGGUCGUCCUUGUCGCCGUCCUACGCAGAAUGUAUUUUAUACAAAGUACGCAAGUACUUUGCAGUGAACAUCAGGCCGUCUGCUGCAGGCGGGGAUCGUCACGGCGCUGUCCUGUCAACCCUCCCGUCCCCGCGCCGCUGGGCGGGCGUCUGUUGCCGCUGCCACCAACGCCGCGCACCGCCCAACAUCAAUGGCUGAAUGCCUGGCUGCC